GUCUGUCAUGGAGAAUCAAAAAGAAAAUGAAAUCACAAUUGAUCCAAUAAUUGUAAACACUAAUAAUAAUGUUACGGGCACUAGUGCUAUUAAUAUCAACAAGAGUGCAAGCAAAAAUGAUUUUAGCAUGAAAAGAUCAAUGGUAUUUGCAGGUAUACCAACAACAAAUAUUGCUACUAAUAAUAAUAGAAAUAAUACACUAGUAUCCGGCCAAUAUAUUUUUAGAAAGAAAGCUGCACCAAAUGUGAACCAAAUUGAUUCCAAAAGUGAGACUUCAUCAAUAAAUCAGAAUAUCAAUCUAUCACACCCAGGCUUAGGUAUGAAAAAUAAGUUUGAUAUGAUAAGCACUACAAACCUGCUAAAAACUUUCAAUAAUCAGCAUCCACAGGAAAAUUAUAGUAAAAAUGAUCAUAUGGCUGCCAUUGAACCUGACAACAGUAUGAUGCAGCUUGCUUCUGACCCUAUUGAAGACUAUGUGACUAUUUUUCCUCACGAUGCCAACAUUUCAGAGCUGAGAAAUAAUAACAGCAACUCUUACGAUUUGAUUUCGAGCAGAUUAGAAAAGCUGGAUAACCUAUAUGAUGAAAACAACAACGCCAGAAAGGAUGAUGACUUUAAGGAGUUAGAUUUAGCACAUAUCGAUCGAAUUCUUAAUGAAGACGAUAGUGAAAAUGAACGUAUGGCCAAUAGGCAUGGAAAACCACUAAAUGAUAAGAAGUACAAUGUUGAUGAAAAUAACGGUUUUGGUGGCUCAUGCGAUGGGGUAGAUAACGGAGAUAUUGAAACUGUGGGAGAAAGAGAUGGUGGAGAAGUUGUUGAUGACGAUGAAGAAGAUGACGAUGAAGAUGAAACGGAGAAUGAGCUUCUUUCACUUGAACUUGGGAAAGUCUCCCUGUAUUUGCAGGAUCCAAAUACACACAUGAAACCUGCAGAUUCCGAGAUAUCAAUCAAUAACUCUACGAAUCAAGGGAACUAUGACCUGAUUGACGAGAUUAAUUAUGCAUUAGAUGAUGAGUAUCAGAUAAAGCAUAUUAACCUUUAUUCAUGGGAUGGUCAUAGUUAAACUCCCAAGGUCAACCCGC